AUGAGUUUUAAACGUCAGGGGGAAAUCCGGAAAAACCCCACAAUUGGAUGCUCCUUUAGCUUUAAACAAAACGGGCUCGGCCGUCUUUUAGGUCCCAUUUCUGUUCUGGCCUGCUUACUGCAGCGGAGCAGUAAUGCCGAGAAGGUGCUGCUCGCUGACCCCUGCGAUGCGGUCACCCAUCUGCGUUCCUGUAGCUUGCCUGGAAGUUGCUCUGCUUCCAGUAGGACCCUACAAAGGCUCAGCGGUGUACGUGUGAGGCGCUUUGAUUACCGUCCAAAAACUGAUCCUUACUGCCAAGCUCGUUACACCUUCUGUCCCACUGGCUCUGCUAUUCCAGUUAUGAAAGAAGAUGAUGUCAUUGAAGUGUAUCGAUUACAGGCUCCAGUAUGGGAAUUCAAAUAUGGGGACCUACUAGGACAUUUGAAAAUCAUGCAUGAUGCUGUGGGUUUCAAGAGCUCUCUGACGAGCAAAAACUACACAAUGGAGUGGUAUGAGCUCUUCCAGCUUGGGAACUGCACAUUUCCACAUCUCCGGCCUGGCGUGGACGCACCAUUCUGGUGUAACCAGGGAGCUGCCUGCUUUUAUGAAGGAAUAGAUGAUGCACACUGGAAGGAAAAUGGAACUUUAGUUCUCGUGACCACAAUAUCAGGAACCAUGUUUAAUGAAAUGGCAAAAUGGGUAAAAUACGACAAUGAGACUGGCAUUUACUAUGAGACCUGGACAGUUCAAGCAAGUCCCGACAAACAAUCAAUAGUAUGGUUUGACGCUUACGAAUGCUCUAAAUUCAUACUGAGAACGUACCAGAAGCUAGCUGACUUAGGAGCCGUAUUUAAGAAGAUACAAACAAACUAUACCAGCAUAAUUUUAUUCAGUGGAGAACCUAUUUAUUUGGGAAAUGAAACAUCUAUUUUUGGACCUCAAGGAAACAAGACAUUGGCAGCAGCUGUAAGAGACUUCUACUAUCCAUUCAAACCUCAUCGGACAGUUGGAGAGUUUUUUGUGGAUCUUUUAAAAAUAAUUGAUCGUGUCAUCUUGAAUCAUCAGUUUUACCUCUUCUACAACUUGGAAUACUGGUUUUUACCUAUGAAGUUCCCUUAUCUCAAAAUAAUUUAUGAAGAGGUCCCUUUACCCAUUGGAAGCAAAACAUCCUCUGGUGUAUAAUUGCCUGCUGAAGAACUGAACUUGCCCUUAUGCCAGAAUAUCCUUAAGGAUUUUGGAGCACGACCGUGAUAGUAUUAAAGUGUUGUAUGUUUCACUGCUAACCGGAAAAGUUGUGUGGGGAAGGCGUGGCUAGGCCAUAUGAAAGACUAUGCCUUUUUUCUUCUUACCUGCAUAAUACGUUCAUGAACGCUUCAGCAUCUCUGAUUUGGCCACCUUCUGUGUAACCAUGGUCACCGGGUGCCUGAAGGUAGGCUGAUGUGGCUCCUCUU